AUGGGGGCAAGGGUGCUCUUUUUUCUUCUUUUCUUUUCUCAAAAACUGUAUAUAACUCAGCUGGACUCAUUCUUUUUGAUCCUACUUCUUCUUUUCUAUGUAGAGAAAAAAACAAAACUUGACACUUUGUGCAUAUUUCAAAAAAGUUUGCCAAUUUUUGACAUGUUUCGUUUGUUAUGUUAA